CUCUAAUCCUCUAAUUCAUCUGUGGAUGGCGUAUCUAGAUACUACGUAGCAGCAAUAAUAGACAUCAGCGAAUAUAAAUUUAUCGUCCCGGUAAACCUAAUUUCGUGAAAAUAGAAGUUUACUACGUAAACUCCGUAUCCCAUCGUUUAAGUUUUGGAAGUUUCAGAGAUAAUGAGUUCUUAAUCAAGACAUUGAUUAUCGGGAGAAUAAUUAUAAUGUUUUUCGAUUCCUAAAACCUCGCACAUGCUGGUAAACUUGUGAUGGUGCGCAAAAUCACCUGUUGUUUUCCUAAAUGUAAAUAAAAUCGAUAUAAGUGAUUGACGUGUAGCUCGAGAGUCACAAUAAUGUCAGAAAACAACUGCUGGAAGUAAUUGAAAUAGGCUGGACCUAUUAAUUUAACAAUUGUUUAAGUAUGUUACAGGUUACCAUUUUAAUUUUAAUAAUCAAACAAUUGACAAUCGACGAUUUAAUGGUAUCAGACAAAGUUGAAAACAGUCGCGAAUAUUCAUAAUACCACAAGAACUCCAAAAUUAUCGGGCAUUUCACGAUGUGACUUUUCUCUCGCAACACAAGGCAAACACGAAGGCCCCUGAACACUCCCAAAAAUGGAGAAGAUAAUUCCCAUAAAUUGGUUGAACAAACUCCUCUUGGUCCUAAGCAUCGCCGCAGUAAUGGUCUGCCUGAUUCUCGAGCAUUGGUUCUCCUUCACGAAUUUCCCCAUCUACAUUCCCCUGACGUGGUCCCUCAUUCUCAUAACAGUUUCCACUUGGUUGAGUUGCAUUAUUUUAAAAUGCACCCUGAAAGCGACAGCUCCCUUGAACAUCGAGCCCCUCACAAAAUGGUUGAAAUCUCGCUUACAAUUCACCUCGACAAAUUCUUCUCCCUCUCCUUCUCAUAGCCACAACAUCUAUGAUUCGACAAUUUCAAAACUGGUCUCCGAGAUUGACGAGAAAUACAUAGCCACCUGGUACGACAGUAUAACACCUGAGAAAACCUUCAGAAACGAAUCUAAGCACCUCCUGAAACAACUCUUCAGAAAGAUCUCUGGAAAACUAUCGCAAGUCAGUGAGAUUCGAUUGACCCACAAGCUAACGGAUAUUCUGCUUCUUCAUCUGAAAGAAUAUCGACGAUCAUUGAGAAGAAUGGAGAAAGGGAGCAGUAAGGACCUGGAGGAAGCUUACAGAUGCUCACACCCCGGGUCCAGGUCGUUAGUAGCUCUGGAGCACACCCUUCACCGAAUGGUCACUCUAAUUGCGCGAGAAUUCCUCCAGUGGGAGCUCACCAGUUCCCUUCCCUGCAAACUCCUCCUCUCGGUCUUAGCCAAACGCCUCCUGAAGACGAUCAGUGAGCUGAGCAAUCCCCAGGUAUUUUUCACGCAUUCCCUGAAGCUCUUAAAAUCAUCAGAAUCAUCAAAAUCAUCGGAAAAGAGAAACGGAGUCAUUUCGAAGGCUCUCGUAGGAGGAAUUGCUUCAGUGACAGCCCCGGUGAUUCCCAGGCCCUUUGAAGAAGCUGCUCCGACGUUUGAAAUCACCGAACCCAAUGGGAGUGGUGAUUCUUCCUCUGAACGAUCGGAAUUAUCGUUGGAGGGAUUAUCAUCUCCAAAGGGUCUUUGGGCGGAAGAAGCUGAGGACCCAGACGAGGACGGGAUCUCUCCUAUUUACGAAGAGCCCACGGACUUCGCCACAACGAUCGCUAGAUUGAGAAAUCUCCUCCAGCAAAAGUCCUCGGCGACUACUCCUCAGCCCGAGGAGAAGUCUCACGUUUUUUACGAAGGAAAUCAGUUUAGCAAUUUAGCUAUUCCUUGGACGGAGUUCUGCACAGCCCCGGAUGGCUCUCAGCAGCUUUUAUAUUGCAUUCAGUUCGAUGAUAUUGAACAACAUGGAGAGGAUUUGUUUGAAACAACCACUGCAACGACUAGAAGGCAGUAUUCGGAUUUUGUGCAGCUGCAUACGACUCUCGAGGAGGUGCCGGAAUAUGCUGGGCUCAUUUCGGAGAUUAAAUUGCCAGAUGGGGGCAGAAUGGAGAUGGAGAACUAUUUGAGGGCGCUGUGUGGAAGACUUGGGGAGUCCGGACAAUUGAGACAUUUUCUCAGGCCCAGCAGUGGAGGCGGUAAGAAGGCUGAUGCCGUGGCACCGAGACUGGACAGGUUUCUUGCUAAAACUGUCACGGGAGUGUUCAACACCUUGAGGACAGUUGUUCCAGGGUUUGAAAUGGAGGAGGAAGAGGUGUCAUUACCCACCCUGAUGCCGUUGGCCGACAUCCCCUGGAGGUUCGUCGAGGACAUAAAAACGAAAAAUCUCUCCGAGGAAUUGCAACAACUCGUUGGUGAGCGGAUCGACUACUGUACUGUUGACACAGCUUACGAAGCUGUUGACAGUGUCGAAGGAAGUGGUGACUCUGAACUCUUGGCCCACUGGUGGGAGACUGCCAAUUGUCCUUACGAUGAGGAACUCGAUGAAAUCGACUCGAAGCUCAUAAUGACGUGCUCCCUUCUCGACAUUCUAUGCGAAAUCCUUGCAGGGAUCAAAAGCUCCAGCACCAUCCGACAAGAGGCGGUAAUUAGGUGGAUAAAACUGUUCUUCGGGAGCUGCAUUGAGGGCGUCAUCCAGGACUGGUUAGGCGGCAUCUCUGACAUUUUGAAAUUCGAAAUCGAUGACGGCCAGGGAGAGGAAGCUGUUGACAAUCUCGAGGAGAAACUUGUCAAUGAGGUCGUAGAGAAGGCUUGCGGUGAUCUUAAAAUUGUCUUCGGAGAGGGGGAAUUCAAGACGAUGGUGGAGUUCUUCGUGAAAUCCUUUUCAUGCAAAAAAAUAAAUUGUGAUGUUGCCCUUCAGGUGCUGGAUGUAGCAGCUUCUGAACUACUCGCUGUUUGCCGGGAAAAAGUGACGGAGGGGUGAACUGGGAAGUACCUGACUUUGUUUAGAAAUUGUUCUUAGCAUGUUGACCGAUGACAAUGGCCGAGGGCUAGAACGUCAGACUGGUGUGACGGUGAACGUGGGCCCGAUGUCGCCCGCGGUUGCGCCAAUUUUUCUGAUUUCGUUUCUACUUUCUCGGCUUCAUUGUUGAACGGGAGUGUCGUACAAGAGACAAAUGUACCUGACCAAAGGUUCUGCCAUGAGGGUAAGGUUUUUACUUGGUCGAUAACGAAUGCGGUGCAAGGAGACGGGGGGGGGGGGGGUGAUAUGGGAACAAAUUGUAGAAAGACAGGGGAUACGAAUGAAGAGGAAUUGAAUUUCAUUUUUAUUAAGACUAGAACAAUAACGCUGUUGCGCUGCAAGUCGAUUUUGUUAUGAAAUCAAAUUAUCAGAGAAAAACGGAAAUAUGUUAUUAUCCAUAUUUGUUAUUAAAUAUUAACAUAUUGAAUGAAUUGCUGAACAAAUAGGAAUGAAUUAAAAAUUAAUAUUUUAUGGGGUAAGAAAUUCCGAUUCCGCAUUCAAGGUGGACACCUAAUCAUUAUAUAAUGUUGAUGAUUAUUAUACGACGGAUCAUGAUGUUUUUAUUAUAUGAAUUAGAUUUUACGGUUUUGAUUAACUUAGAAGAACCUUUUAAUUGAUUGUAAGGAUUCAAUUCUAAUUUAUAUGAAGACAUUUGUUUUUUUUCUGUAUUAAAGUAGGAUUUUUCCCAGGAUCAUUUAUUUUUUCCUUUUAAUUACAAAGGAAUGAAAAUCUUUAUCUGAAUUUACUCUCUAGCUGAAUUAGAGUUAAAUUCUAAUAAGUAAUUGAAAGCUACUCCUAAUUUAAUCAAAAUAGUGGAGACAGAUUCAUACAAGGAAAACAACAGCUCUGAUUUCAAAAAGAUGAGUCCUUUAUAGAAAUCAGGAUUAAAUUCUUAUAAUGAAUUUGACAGGAUGAGAAGGUGCCAUGAUACACAAUCCUUGCAAAUAGCCUCUUAAUUAUUCAACCAGAAAUAUUUAACUGCUCUUAUAUUUAGUAUCUUUAUGUACGUCAAUGAAAUAUGUUGAUGUGAAUUUAAAGUUUUCAUUUGAUAUAAGAUCACCGGGUGAGUCAAGUUUAACAUCAAAAUCAGUCGCCAUUAUAAAUUACGAUGACAUAACAAGGAUAAUAACAUAAUGCCGUUUUUCUAUGAUAUUUUUAUUCCAUAACAAGAUUGAUUUUGAACUCUGUAGAGUUAAUUAUUUUUGCUCUUUCAAUAAUACAAAUGGCAUAGAUGUUCUGUGUUAAAGUCAGAGGAAUGAACAAAAAACAUGAAAGAUUUAUAGAAAAAAUGACUGAAUAUGCUGUAUCAUCGAGAAUUUUUGUCUUUUUAUUCACAUUCCACGUUUUUCAAUUUAAAAAAAAAAAAUAAAUAAUGAAAAUUUGAUGUUUUUGUGAAUUUGGCAGUGAUAACCAGGAAAGUUGCCCCACUCUUGAUUAGGCAAUUUACAUACUACCUAAAAACAUAAACUUUUGAGGAAAAAUUAGACUACGCUUCAUACAACUUUUUUGAUGAUACGGGUUGUUAUUGAAUGUCAUGAAAAAUAUUUGGGAUGGAUGUAGAAAUAGAAAAUAAUCGUUAUCUCUGCGAUCGCGUUAUGCGAUCAAAAAAUGACGAUCAUUUGACGCACAAAUUCGCUAACUACGCUUGAUUAUCGUAAAUAUUUUUUUUUUAUUAAAUCGUAAAUAAUUUGUUAGCCAAUUCUUGUUGAAUCUUUGAUAUAGCUGCCUGAUGGCAGUCUUUCAUAAUUUUAAUUUAUGACGCAAUACGUAAUUAAAAUAGCUUUACUCAGAUAGAUAAAAACUGACCGCAAGUUAAAAUUCAGAAUCCACAUGGGGCUAAUGGAAAAUUGAAUCUAAUGAAGAUUGCGGAAGAAUCAAUUGAAUUCGCAUUUACAUGGAAACAACUGAUCAAUCAAUUGAUCUUUCUUGACAAAUUGCAACGAUCCGAAGAAAGUGGAGGAUUGUGGCAGUUGAAAAAACUGUAUUGUUGUUGUUAGGGAAUUAAAAAGGAGAGGAAAAUUGAAAAGUUCAUCAAUUUUCCAUCCACUUCAAAGUUAUUUUAUCGUAUAUUUAAAUACUAGUCCGCGAGGAACUUUCCACUGCGAAUAUGAAGCACAAAAGUUCCUCGCAACUAUUGUGCAAUCUAACAGUAUUUUUUAUUAUUAUUUAGUCCGUGAGUGGUGAUUCACGGAUGGCGCCCAGGAGAGAAAACAGUAUACUUCUAUAUAAAGGCAGAGAGCUAUUUAACAGCCGUAUUAAAUUUAGGUAACAAAUUAAUAUUCAAACAAGCGGCGACCGACGCUAUCUGACCGAAGUGAUGUGUAGUCAUUUUUUCUUUCAUUUCUACCAAUUAUUUUCAUAGUAUUCUUCGGAAUGGAUUUGUACUAAUUUGAUUUCAAAACUGACAAAUUGGAUAUUGACGAUGAGAUUGAAAAAUUAAAAACAUUUAUUGUCCAAUCUGUCGAAUGGUAAAACUUCGAUUCUAUUUUUAAAGUUUUUCAAAACGAUUUCAACAUAUGACUUCACUCUUUAUCUCUACAACAGGCACCGAUGUUCUACAGGGUCUCCAAAAGGAGAUAGGUAAUAUUUUGAUGAAAUGAAUUUAUACAAAAAAUUAAACAAGAAGACGAUAUGGAAAAAAAUUGAUUUAAAAAAUUAUAUCUAAAUGCACUAUCUUGGCUUAGACAUGCAAUAAAAUUAUAUUCCCGUGAAAAUAGUUCUCAAUGAAAUUAAGAGAAGGAUUCUCUUGUAUCAUAGUCGAAUAUUUUAGAGAAUUCGUCUCGCUGAACUAUUGCAUUCACAUUUAAAUCCAAUGGACGCCGGAUUACUAUUAUGCAAGAGAACAAAUCUGAAAAAUUGAAAGAAGAGAUUUGAUAAAUUCUCAUGACGCAAUCGAUCUUAAGACCAUCGAGACGAACAUUUUGAAAAACUAAAAUUGAUUGAGUGGCUUUCAAGGUAUUGCAUAGAUUCUAUUUCCAGGAAAAGUUAAAUGAAUAUUCGAAACUACUGGCGAAAUUGGGAAUAUUUGAAUCACGAACGGUUGUUGUUAUAAGAGACGAGUUCUCUUAAAAUUUCAACUUCAUAUUUCCAUUCCAGCGAACACGAGAGAGCGCACAAUUAUUUCGCACGAACAGAAAAUUGCAAACAUCUCGUAAACUUUGUGAGGACACGUUAUAUAGCUUUUGAUCGAUCUAUAUAGAGGGAAUCGACACAAAUAAACAAAAAAACUAAAAACAAAUCGAACGAGAAAUCGCUUUUUCGACCGAUCAAGCUGUUCACGUGCACAGAGUUGGUCCUCAUUAAUAUCUACAAUCGGUGCAAAUUUCAGAUUUUUUUUAAUCUUUUGGGUCAACUUAUUGUGUAAUUACGCACACUAUGUGAGAAUGAAAAAAUUUUAUCUUUUGUUAUCCAAUCAAAGGUCAAGAAUAAUAAUAUUUUCCUUUCGUUUCACAUCCUCUCCCACGUAUCUACACACAAAACACCUUAAGAGCCUCAUUUGAUUUCGAGUAGUUCAUUGUAAAUUCUUGCAAUAGAAUGAAUGAUUUUAGGUUUAAUACAGAAUGAAUGAUUAAUAGAAUUUCACUUGUUUUAUGAAUUAUAUUUAUUUCUUGAAGUUAAUGUUAUUCCCUGUUUCCGGUAGAAUUGUUUUCCUCAGAGAUUUAUAUUUUUUAAUAACUUGAAAUUUACAUUAUAUUACGAAUAAUGAAUAUUACGAAUGUAUUAAUAAACCAUAUCGACAAAAACAAAUUUUCUUCGAAUAAUUUUUAAUGUGAUGAAAUGUAAAGGAAAUACUAAAUAUAGCAUUUUGUGAAAGUA